AGGUGUCAUCAUCCUCGUGAUUUUUGACUGGUUGUUCAGAGACUUGAAACUGAAAUCAAAGUGCAUAUACCAAACAUUCCAAUCCUCUUUUUUUUUUGAUAUCAAAAAGAAGACAACGAGGUUACAGGGAGGGAGGAGAAGCUUUCACACUGAAGAAGCUCCUGCGCUUACACAUCACAUCUCUUAAAAUCAAAAUCUCCAGAUUGGGGGAAAGAAUAUGAUUCAACCCUAGUUUCAAGCAAACCUCCCCCUUCUCUCUCUUUCUCUCUACAAGUAUCUGAGAUUACAGUUAAACUACAGAGAGAGAAGAAUACUGGAAAAUGACGAACCACCGACGCGCUCCUUCUUUCAAUCCGACGACCGAGGAAGACAAUGCUAUGUUUCUUGAUAUACUCCACGAAGCUCCUCUCUUCGGUCACCGAGAAUCUAGAAGUCUUGUUGGAAGCUGCGUUUACCUACUCAUACUGGCAACUUAUGCUGUUUUAGCAGCAGGAGCACCGUUGAUACUCCAGCCUGUACAGUCUCUUAUCCCAUCUCUGCUUUGCAGCUCCAAUGUUGCUCUUUUGAUGUUGACAGGUAUGUUUCAGCAAUAUUUUGUCAACCAGGUCCAGAAAAUACGCUUGCAGGGUUAUUACAGUUUCAGCCAGAAAUUGAAACAUGUAGUUCGUCUGCCGUUUGCCAUCAUGGCAUAUGGAACUGCAUCUAUGCUGCUUUUCAUGGUUUGGAGACCAUAUGUCAGCGUUCUUCCCAUUUUAACUGUGCAGAGGUUUAUCAUGUCUGUUGAAGCAAUUUCGGCUGCUUCGUUUAUGAUUGUAUUUGUUGGUUAUGUUCGCCAGUAUAACUCUGUGAACUCUCAGCCCGAUGUGUUAAAUUCAUUAUAUUCUCCUCUUCAACCAGCUGCUUUGGAAGGAUUGAGAUACCAUGAAGCCGGUCGACUUUCUGAUCAGCAGAUGGCUCUACUGCAAUAUCAGCGCGAGAAUCUCCAUUAUCUCAGUGAAGAGAUUCUACGUUUGCAGGAGUCGUUAAGCAAAUAUGAAGAGUCCAAUGGUACUAGCACGCCCCAGGUUGAUCUAGCACACCUUGUGGCGACGCGUGAUCAAGAAUUGCGGACACUUUCUGCUGAGGUGGAUCAACUCCAUUCUGAACUAAACCUUGCUCGAUCUCUGAUCUCUGAUAGAGAUAGAGAGAUACAGCACGUCCGAAGUACCAACAAUCAGUACGUAGCAGAGAAUGAGAGGUUAAGAGCUAUUCUGGGAGAGUGGAGUAUGCGUGCUGCUAAGCUUGAAAGAGCUCUGGAGGUGGAGAGGAUAACAAAUGUUGAAUUGCGGAAGAAAGUUUCAACUCUGAGAGAGCAAAGGCAGAUGCAAUGAAGAAUAGUGUUCGUGGGGAAUACGUAUAUUUGACUCAUGAGGCAUUGGGGGUUUGUAGACAUAUAUAUGUUUGUGACAUUGUUUUGUAAGAUAUCUUUGAUGAUAUACUUUCUUGAAAUAUUUGAUUAGAAUGAAAUUUCGAAAAAAAAAAAUAGAGAAAUAUGUAAAAGUAUAAUUUUCCUUUUUAACAUCAAAGUAUAUAUCCUUUUUUUUAAAACUGUACAUUAUUAUU